AUUACACAUAUAAAUUUGAUGUAUUUAUUUAACACUCUUCAAAAAUUGAGUUAUUUAAAUUACUCGGUAUUUCACUGUAUAAAUAGAGAUGGGCCAUACAAAGUAAAAACCUCGUAAAUUGGGUAAGGGAUUGAAGACUGUGGGCUUUAUUGGGAAGAUGAACCUAAUGAGCCUAUUGCUGUCAUGGUUUCCAUUGCUUCUCACUUGGCAGCUAUGGGAUUUCCCCAUCACACAAUGUGAAGCCAAUCCUCAGACCGAAUCCCUCUACGACGUCGUAAUCAGCUCUGGACUCUCACGCAGCAGUGAUAAUGCUCUCUCAGCAGAGUGGCCCGAGCUGCCAAAAUAUCCCUCCUCUUCUUCUUCAUCUUCAGUUUACGUUGGCCCACAGAAAGGGUUGAGGGAAGCUGAUAAGAUCGUUUCCCUGCCGGGGCAACCUCUCGGAGUCGAGUUUGACCAAUAUUCAGGCUAUGUAACGGUUGAGCCCACGGCUGGAAGAUCUCUGUUUUAUUACUUUGCUGAAUCUCCUCGGAAUUCCUCUGCCAAGCCUCUGGUCUUAUGGCUCGCUGGAGGAUCUGGCAUCGAGGAAGAUGAUUGGCAUUGCUAGGGAAGAAGAUGGACUCUAUAUUUUUGAUAAAGGGACUGAAUCAAAUAAACAAGCCACCAGACCUUGUAGCCGCCGACCCCAGCAUCGCCACCAUCAUCAGCACCGCCACCUCCAAUCACUCUCUCAGUGACUCAGAUCAAAGUGACUUCACUGACACAGUGACCCGCCAGCACAAUAACUCCGGCCACAGUGACUCGCCGGUCACAAUGACUCAUCUGUCACUGUAACUCCGCCACAAUGAUGUCUCCACUACUCUGACUCCGGUCAAAGUGACUUCGGCGAAUGACCACCAUCUUCAGCCGAUGACCACUGCCCUCCCACCACAGUAACACCAGCCCCGCACCACCGUCACUACCCCCAAACCAUCGUCACUGCACCCCCACACCACCGUCACUACAACAGUUGUUGCCAUCGCUCCGGCCAGCCACCGCACCCUAGCCCCCAGGCCCCCGAACCCCAGGCCCACCACACCCAGCCUGUACAAUCGCUCGCUGCAUCAUCCCAAGUCCCAUCCCAUCCUUUUCCCUGCAACAGCCCCACACCCACCACCCUCCCCAGUCCCCUCCGACCACCGCCAAAGAACACCAUGUCUACCCACCGUCGGAGACCGCUACAGUUGGUCCCCUCCCCAACUGCCCAGUCACCCUCCUCUGCUCCCCUACCCCUCGCCAGCCCCAAAUCCCUGCACUCGCCCCCUCUCCCAUUCUCCCUGACAUUAUUCCGCAGCCCCCCUCCCAACCACGCAUAGCCCUCCUAUCCUCAGAUCCCCUCCUCUCCCAGCCUCCCAAACCUCAUCCCCUGCCUUCGCCACAUUCAAACCCUAGCCACCAGCUAGAUUCUAGCCAUCACCAUCGCCUUUCACCGUCGUUGAAUGAGAAGAAAGAAGGAGAAGAAGAACGAGGACGAUGAAGAAGGUCAGAUCCGCCAGAAAUGGAUCUUCGUCUCGAAGAAGGGAUUGGAUUUCGAGCGGCGGAGGGGGUAGAGUCGUCGUCUCCGCUAUAUUACCAUUGUCGCCGAGUACUGGCCAUCAUCGACUUCACCGCCCUCGCCGUCUGCACAGAUGAUUGGAGGUGGAGGAGAUUUGAUUUGCGAAGAUCUGUUCGUUUGCGUGGAGGAGAUCUGAUUUGCGUGAAUCGGUGCGAGGGAUUUGAGCGUGGAGGAAUCUGAUUUGCGUGAAUCAAAGCCCGGUGCGAGCGAGGGAUUUGAACAGAUGAGUCACAUUUUUUGAAAAAGAUAAAAUUGUCCUAUAUUUGGAAUCUAAAAGGCUGUAAAUAAUAAAUGGGUCAUUUUUUCAUAGGUGUAAUCUUCUAAUCACAGCCUUUCCCUCGUCAUGCUUAAUAGGAUUUUUUAAAUAAUAAUAAUUAAACAUAAAAAAAGUAAAAAACAAAAAAUUUACAUGUCUCAACCACCAAAUCAGCCUCCUUCCACCACUGUCACCUCUAGUCGUCGAAAAAAUGCUAACAUGCAAAAAGAAUAUCAUCGUGAUUGUAGUUUUGAAAGGAAAGUUGGAUAUUUUCAAAGAGUAAAAAUGUGAUGCUUUUUACCUAUGAGGAUGUGGCGGCAGAGGCCUACAUAUUUUUAUAUAUUUUUAGAUACUUUAUUCUAUUUUUUAAAUUUUUUUAAUUAUUGUUUUCGUUUGUUUUUAUUUAUUUAUUUUCGUUUUUAUCAUUAGUUUAUAAAUAUUUUUAUUAUUUUUAUAUUUUAUUACGAAUAAAACUAUGACUUCCUUCAUAAUAAAAUAAAGCUAUGAGGGAUUAUAGGAGGAAGGUAGAAUAGGAAGAGAGACAUAUAUUACUUCUAUUUUGGAAAUAAAAAAAUUAUAGUUUCAUUACUGCAUUUAGGAGUGAUUUUACUCUUAUUUAGGGCUAAUAGUCGUUUAUUUCAAUUUUACACACUCACAAAGACACACAUGUAUAAUCAUAUUUCAUUUGCCUCUAUUUUAUAAGAUAAAACCAAACGUAAGAAAUUGUUUUUCUUUUAAAACUUCCGGGGACGAUAAACUGUAACUCCAAUUUUUAAAUAAGCCUGAAAAAUUAAAAGAAAAAUACUGGGAGGUGUGCCUCUGUUGGGAAUAUUUUAUGGUGUUCAAUCUAGUUAGUUAUCUUUGUAUUUGUGUAGUUAUCAAUUAAACGUGUAAUACGGGCCACAAAUGUGUAUCAGCCCGGGGGCUUCCUUGUAACCCGUAAGUUAGCCAACUUCUCCUAUAAAAGGGGGCUAACUUACGGGAACCCUAACUGAUCGAUAGAGACUGAGAGUACGAAGAGGCGAGAUAGAGAGAGAUUAGGGUUGCCGCUACUCUCCUUCUCCAGGGAGAGCAGCGGACAGUUCAUACGGUAUACCAGAUUUGGAUUUAAUCUUGUCGAUUUCUUCUUAUCUGCUUCUUCUUAACUGCUAUAGAUUGUUCGAUUGUUUGUAUUCUGGGUUUAUCAUUUGGUAUCAGAGUCGAGGCGUGAAACAGGUUGGAUCUAUCUGCGAUUUUUUGGAUCUAACGAAGAACUGCUCUGUUUUUUCUUCUGUUUUUCUAUAUGUAGACAUUUGCUCCUGUAAUCUUGUUUGUGAACGAAAUUUUGUAAAAAUCACACUGUUGGACUCGCCUUUCAAAAACGAUCCAGCAGCAUACCUCUUUUUUCGUUUUCUGCAAUUUUUAUAUUUCGAAGAUCUCUACAUUGAGAUCUCGAAAUCCUUAUUUUUCACUGCUGCAGAAACGUUUUUUGGCUUGAAACUGAUACAGGAGAAUCUCGACCUUCAGGGCUUUUCAGAACACGUUUCAGAUUUUCAAAAAUCGAUGUUUUCAUUUUACAGGAUCUCGACAUUUAGGGACUCGAUUUCCUGUUCUCGACUUUUGAGAUCUCGAGAUUUGGAUCUCGACAUCUUGAUCUCGAGAUUUGAAUCUCGAAAUCUUGAUCUCGAGAUUUGAAACUCGACAUCUUGAUCUCGAGAUUUGAAUCUCAAAAUCUUGAUCUCGAGAUUUGAAUCUCGAAAUCAAGAUCUCGAGAUUUGAAUCUCGAAAUCAAGAUCUCGAGAUUUAUAAUCUCGAGUUUUGACAUCUCGAGUUUUGGAAUUUCGAGUUUAGGAAUUUCGAGUUUUGGGAUUUCGACAUUUGGGAUCUCGAUGUUUUGGAUCUCGACAUUAUGAAGAUUUCGAGAUUUUCAAAAUUUCUCGAUGUUUUGAAUCUUUCAAAGUUUGCAGUUUCUUGGAACUCAUAAUUUGAAUCUUGACAUCCUUUGCAGUUCAUCGAAGCUUUACAUUAUAGGAUCUCUGAAUGAUUCCCUGCUUAUAAAUGUUUCAGGAGUUUUCGAUGUUCUGAUGUUUUUCAAACAACAAGUUUUCGAGAUUAUGAGGUUUUCGAAACUCCAAAGUUUUCGAUGUUCAAACAUUUUGAAAUUCUGCAGAUUUCGAUAUUCUGAGGUUUGUUUUGCAGGUGGAUUUCGCCAUUAUUCUUCGACGCAACCUCGAGAUUGUAAUCUCGAGAUUUAAACCUCGAGAUUAGGAUUUCGAAGUAUUGCCUUAGAAUUUUGUUUAAAAUCCACCUGCUCUCGAUAUUCAUCAUCGAGAACCUCAACUUCGAAGAAAUUCCUCAAAAACUCAAAAUUAGAGAUUUUCUGCGACAUCGCACUGUUUUGGCCAUAACUUUUGACUCGGUGAUCCGAUUUGAGCAAACUUUUUUUUUGUUGGAAAGCUAACGAAAAGAUCUACAUUAAUUCUGGGGCUAUGCCCCAGAACCCUUUCUCACGCGCCCUCACUCGCAGUCUUUGAGGGUCAAAACGUUAGUUUUCCGACAAACAUUGUAAAUCACCGAUGUCCAGGUCAAAACUUAGGCAAAUCUGUUCAAAUUCUUUCAAUGUCAACCCUGAGGUCAAAGCUUUUCUAAACUUCAAUGUAAAGGUCUGAAAAUCGUAGAUAAUUCAAUCAACCUCGCGUCAACGGUCAUCUUACAACAAUCAACAAUCAACUGCUGAAGCCUCCCCUGACUCAUCAACAUUAUGUGAUCAUCAAUAUGCUGAGAUUCUACAUGGUGAGCUUAGGGAAACCGUCAUGUGUGGUACAUGUUUAGAUUGCUCCACACACAUGGCGGGUAUGACAAGCUGUGAACAAUCAAACCUUGCACAUUCUGAGGGGGAGUUUCAGUUUUCUCCUCCUGGUGCCUUACACCGACAAAGCAAGGAAUCUCUCAACGGAUGCAACAUUCUAGGGGGAGUGUUCAAUGUUAUCCUCCCUUGUGCCUAACAAUGACAAUGCAUACCGAGUGCUCCAGUUGAGGGGGAGUACAGAGAGAAAAUGAAGAAAGUAAUGAGAGAACAUAUCCCUAUGGCUUAGUAAACCCAACUAAGCCUACCCAAGGGACAAAGCCGAGCGUAAGUGCGUAAGUGAGCGAGUGAGUGAGUGAACAUUAUGAGCAUUAGGAAGCAGAAGGCUCAAGUGAGAAGAAAAACAAUUAUCAAUGAUGAGUCUGCUACCUCAAUUGCCUGCUAUGAAUUGAACAUUUGCUCCUAGCCACUAAAAUACUCUGGACUAUCCCCAUAGGUUCAGGACUGAAUUUAUUCAGAUCCCGGGUAGAAGUCGCUGCAUUUUGUCCAAACGGCGCAUGCACAACCCGACCCUAGACCACUCACUUGUCUCCCAACAGACAGGUGUUUAAUCAUAUUUCACGGGGAACCGCAUCUCUCAUUACUGUCUCCUUCCGAGACAAGUAAUACUGACUACAGUGGCCUCAGCCCCAUGCCACUGAACUUUCAUUGAUCACGUCGUGUCUAGUUACUCACUCCCAAAUGUUUUGAAAUUUUCUAGGACACAGACGCACUUUUAGAGUCAGUUGCAGGUCUACAUUAACAACGUUUAGAAUAAGGAGGAAUUGAGACUGAAAAGCUUGAUUCAUUCCAUGAAAUGAUAUCCUAUUUAUACAACAUUUUAGAGCUAGGCUACUAAUUAUAAUAUUAAAUACAAAGAUUUGUAACUGAAAUAUUAAAUACAAAUAUUCUAAUUUAUUUUGUAACUCAUGUAACUGAUCUCUAGAGCUGUCUAGACUCUUCUGUCUAUAUGCCCCCGCAAGCCAGGUAUUCUAUCAGUGCUGAGAAUCCUGAGCUUGUCACGUAGAAAAACAAACCGUUGUCGUGAAAGGGGUUUGGUGAGAAUGUCAGCUAGUUGAUCAUGCGAGGGGAUAUGAAGAACCCGAAGAAGGCCACGUUGCACACGUUGACGAACAAAAUGGAAAUCAAUGGCAACAUGUUUCAUUCGGGAAUGGAAUACCGGAUUGGCAGAAGAGGUGGUAGCGCCUUUAUUAUCACAUAAAAGAACUGGAGGAGAAGAAGGGGAAUGUCGAAGCUCAUGAAGAAGUGACUCAAUCCAAAGAGUUUCAGAUGCAGCAGUGGAUAGGGCCCGAUACUCUGCUUCGGUUGAGGAUUUGGCAAUUGUGCGUUGCUUGGAGGACUUCCAUGAAAUAAGUGAUUCUCCGAGAAAAAUGGCAUAAGCACUGGUAGAGGAUCGGUCAUCUGGAUUUCCCGCCCAGUCUGCAUCAGCAUAAGCACACAAUGAAAGGUGAGAACUCCGACGGAGAUAUAAACCAUGAGAGGCUGUUCCGUGAAGAUACCGCAAGAGACGUUUCAUGAGCUGCCAAUGGUUCACCGUGGGUUUGUGCAUAAACUGGGCUAGCUUGUUGAUGGCAAAGGCCGUAUCAGGUCGGGUGAGGUUUAAAUACUGAAGUGAUCCAAUAACUUGGCGAUAGAGAGUGGCAUCACAAGAACCUGAGCUAUCAAACAGAGUCAAGGAAGCUGAGGAAUCUAAAGGCGUGGAUACUGGAUUUGCCUCGUGCAUGUUCAACACCUGUAAUAAAUCUGUAAUGUACUUGUGUUGAUCAAGAAAGAGUCCAUCUGAUGUAGGGGUAACCUGUAUGCCCAAAAAGUAAUGUAAUGACCCCAAAUCCUUAAUGGAGAAUUUUUGUGCUAACAAGUUAAUAGUCCGAUGAAUCAAGUCUGGUGUAGAGCCCGUAACAAUAAUAUCAUCCACAUAUACCAACACAUAGAUAUAAGAGGGAUGAGAAGAAAAGAUGAAGAGGCUGGCAUCAGAGACUGAUUGAUGAAAACCAAGGGAUAAUAGAAAUCCACUAAGAGAUUGGUACCAUACUCGAGGUGCUUGUUUGAGACCAUAGAUGGAUUUCCUAAGACGACACACUCUUCCAGAGCCAUCAUUGAAACCAGGGGGUUGUUCCAUGUAAACCUCCUCUUAAAGAGCACCAUGUAGAAAAGCAUUGUUGACAUCUAGUUGGUUUAUGUGCCAGCCAUGAGAAAGUGCAAUGGUCAGAACAACCCGAAUAGUAACUGGUUUGAUGACUGGGCUAAAGGUCUCAGAGUAAUCAAUCCCCGUGCGCUGAUGAAAGCCUUUAGCCACCAAUCGAGCUUUGAAACGAUCCAAGGAACCAUCAGGCUUAUAUUUCACAGUAUAAACCCAUUUGCAGCCAACAAUGUUCUGACCAGGAUGAGCGGGUACAAGUUCCCAUGUCCCUUGUUGAACCAAAGCAUCAAAUUCCACAGACAUAGCCUUCCUCCAUUCAGGUACCUGUAAAGCUUGAGAAGCACAAGUUGAAAUAAUAUGAUGAGGUAAUGGUGAGUGUGUGACAACAUUAGCUUGUUUACGAGAACGAAGGGUCAUUGGGUGGGUACGUUUGGGUGGAGAGGCUUUUGGAUCAUGAUGAUGACCCAAGGUAGAUAUGAGAUUAUUUGUAGUGGGAGUAAUGGUUGAGGGGUUGGUGUUGGGUACAUUAGGUAAGGAUGGAGUAGUUGGGUUUUGUUUGGGCCGGCGGUGAUAAGUGAUGAGGACCGGUGGGUUAGAAGCUGGUGGAGUGUUAUGAGGAGCAGGGUUAGGGGAGUCUUGUGUUAUUGGGGUACGAGUAGUAGGAGACGCCUUUGCUAGUGAUGUACCUGAGAUAGGAAGAUAAGAGAUAGGAGGUUGAAGCCAACUGUCAAUUUCAGAGGACAGAUCUGUAACGGGUGUUGUAUUAUUAGAGAAAGGGAAGACAGCCUCAUUGAACACCACAUGCCGACUAAAAAAGAUGCGAUUGGUAGUAGGAUCAAGACAGCGAUAAGCGCUUUGUUGAUCGCAAUACCUAAGGAAAAUACAAGGUCUAGACCGUGGUUCUAACUUAUGAGCUGCAUAAGGACGGAGCCAUGGAAAACAUUGACAUCCGAAAAUAGCAAGUUUUGUGUAAUUGGGAGGUUUUUGAAAAAGUUUUUCAUAGGGAGUACAAAAACCUAGAGAUGCUGUUGGUUGCCUAUUAAUUAGAUAUACAGCAGUUAAAAAGGCGUAUGACCAAUAUUUUAACGGCAUAGAAGAGUGGUGGAGUAAAGUGAUCCCUGUUUCUACAAUAUGACGAUGUCGGCGUUCAGCGAAGCCGUUAUGUUCAGGGGUAUAUGGAGGGGUCAGUAAGUGAGUAAUAAUACCACAAGAGGCCAGAAAUUUCCCUAGGGAUAUGUAUUCACCCCCUCCAUCUGAAUAAACCAUUUUAAUAGAUUUUUGAAAAAAGUUUUCUACGAUCUUCUUAAAUUGUUGAAAAAUUGAAGUUACCUCAGACUUGUGAGUGAUAGUGUAAAACCAAAUGUAUUUUGUGUAGUGAUCAACAAAAAUAACAUAAUAACGAAAAUCAUCCACAGAAUUAAUGUGUGAGGGACCCCAAACAUCUGUAUAAAUUAAAUCAAGUGGACCUGAACUGGAAAGGGAAGAUUUAGCAAAAGGUAACUUGUGACUUUUAUUACUUGCGCAUGAAGUGCAUAAGGACAAAUCCUUAUUAACAUCUUUAAAGGAAAUACCUAAUGAGGAAAUAACUUUUUGAGUGAUGGGAAGGGCAGGAUGUCCUAAACGACAAUGCCAUUUAUUUAGAGAAAAUUUUGUAGUAACAUUGACACAUGGUGAUGAAGGAACAGGAACAUCAGGCAAGCUGUAGACGUCACCUUUAUUCAUACCCCGUAACAAAAUUGCUCCCGUUUUCCGGUCCUUGACAAGACAAAAAGAAGGGUGAAACUCGAUUAGUACAUCAUUGUCACGACAUAAUUUGGCAACUGAAAUUAAAUUAGUAUGAAUAGAAGGAACAAAAAGAGUAUUAGGUAAGGAGAGAGAAUGAAGGGUCAUAUUCCCAACUUGUGCAAUUUCAAGACUUUUACCGUUACCAAUAAUGAGGGAGUCUGUGCCGGUGUAAUCGGACGCCAGGGUAAGAUUGUUUAAAUUAUCGGUGACAUGAUUAGUUGCUCCUGAGUCCAGCAACCAUCCGGUUCUCCUGGUCGUGGCAGUAUUGGCCUGGGGGGAUAAUUUUGUUGUUCAAACCUGUGCCAACAAUUUAUAGCGAGAUGGUUCGGUUUGCUACAAAUUUGACAUAUAACGGCACCCAGACUGGUAUUUCCCCCAAAAUUAGUACGCCUGCCCCCGGGAUUAUUAUUUCCACGUCGAUUUGAAUUGUAGAAGUUGGUGGGACGUGGGCCUCGAUUUUGAUUUUUGAAAAAUUUAUUCUGAGUAUUGGGCCUAUUGGGUAGAGUCUGAAACUGGGCUGAUGGACCUGGGCCUAAUAUAGACGCGUUCUGGUCUAUACUUCUGCGAACGGUCAUUGCGACCGAACUGUCUUCUUCCUCUUUCCUUUCUACCGUAGCUGCGUUCGCAGUAACAACAGCCGCAGAAUUCAAGAGCUCCCUCCUUCGCAACUUGUCUUCGAAUCUGACCAGUAAGGAGUGGAGUUCUUCGAAGUUAGUUUCAUCUGGGCGGAUGGAGUUCUUCACGGAUUCAAACUCGGGACGAAGACCCUCCAAGGCUUGAAUGGCAAAGUCUUCAUUGUCAACAGGUCGGCCGACCAUGGCUAGUUCAUCCGCGAGGGUGCGAAGGUGGUGAAGAUAUUCUGCUACAGGUUGCGACCCCUGUUUAGCAUGGCGGAACUGGUCUUUAAGACUUCGAAUUUUGGAAGCUGACCGGGUCCCGUAUAGGCGUUCCAGUGUUUUCCAGACGGAGGCGGAGGUCUUUGCAGACCCAACCAGCGGUUUGCAGGCGGAACUGAGAGAAGAUACAAGGGCGUGCCGCACCAGACGAUCCUGUCUCUUCCAUCGCAGAAAGUUGGCAGCUUCAGUUUCUGGAGGAGGACUGAUUUUUUCAUCAAUAUACUGAUCUAGAUGAGACCCGAACAGAAGGUCCAUUACUUGGUCUCUCCAUACAAGGUAAUUUGAUCCAUCUAGUUUUUCUGGGAAUUGGUUAGGGCUGAGCAUAACAAGGCCAUCCGGGGUUAGGGGAUUAUUGGCUGAGAGAGAUGAUGUUGAGUUAUCAUUCACGUCUUCUGGACUUUUGUCUCUAUUAUUUUCAUGAGCCAUGGGCAGAGAAAGGUGAUGCGGGGGGAUAGUUCAGUGAAGAGAAUAGGCCGUUUAGGCCUCUAGAGGCUCUGAUACCAUAACAACGUUUAGAAUAAGGAGGAAUUGAGACUGAAAACCUUGAUUCAUUCCAUGAAAUGAUAUCCUAUUUAUACAACAUUUUAGAGCUAGGCUACUAAUUAUAAUAUUAAAUACAAAGAUUUGUAACUGAAAUAUUAAAUACAAAUAUACAUGACCCGCGUGAACUUCCAUAGGGCUCAUCUAUUACAGAUGUAGACCAAUAAUUGGAAGGAAGUCCUGCUGUUGCAACUUAAGAAUCACCAACAUUUUCAGGCCAUUGCUUUAGAGUUUAUCUCUAUAGUGAUGAAAACGGGUGUCUACACGACCCCGGGGGGCUUUUAUCAUUUACUCUUUCUGUUUGUUUCCUGUUUUUUUCGCAGAAUAAAAGAAUAAAAGCAUGACGUCCCGAUUCAUCGGAUCGUCAUGAGGGGGAGAGUGGUCCACAUGUUGUUAACACUGAACAAAUCAUUCUGGGACACUUCACUCCUCCAUCACAAAACUCAAUACCUUCUCUACUAUCUCCGCAACUCAAAUCAAAUGGUCAGCUACACUCACAAAUCAACAAUCAUUAUGUUCCGCUGUGCCACCGACAAGUUCUCCUCAAAUGCAUGCAUUCCAAAUAGUCAAAAAACUACAUUGUGGAGGAGACAGAGGUCAAAUACUCGUGUCCUGAAGAUGAAUUCCAUGGGCGUCUCCUAUUCUCCAAAGAAUAUUCAUUCUAGAGGCGUCACCGGACCUCAUCCAAGCUGAUCAAGAGCAACUUUUGGAAGGCAAGGACUACAUGCAAGAUACAGAAGGUCCCUCAACCCCCGGUAUCAAAGAUCAAAUUGUCAAGAAGACAUCAAAGGGGAGAUUGCAAGGAUUUCUUCAGAUUUCUUCAGAUAACAACAAAGACAAAGAUAUCUGCGCUGCAAUGCUGAUUCAACACGAUUGAUCACCAAGGGGGAGAUUGUUGGGAAUAUUUUAUGGUGUUCAAUCUAGUUAAUUAUCUUUGUAUUUGUGUAGUUAUCAAUUAAACGUGUAAUACGGGCCACAAAUGUGUAUCAGCCCGGGGGCUUCCUUGUAACCCGUAAGUUAGCCAACUUCUCCUAUAAAAGGAGGCUAACUUACGGGAACCCUAACUGAUCGAUAGAGGCUGAGAGUACGAAAAGGCGAGAUAGAGAGAGAUUAGGGUUGCCGCUGCUCUCCUUCUCCAGGGAGAGCAGCGGACAGUUCAUACGGUAUACUAGGAUAUAAGUGAACUUCUUUCAAAUUUGGGUUUAAUCUUGUCGAUUUCUUCUUAUCUGCUUCUUCUUAACGGCUAUAGAUUGUUCGAUUGUUUGUAUUCUGGGUUUAUCAGCCUCGUCAACCUCCAACCUAUCUUCUUUUUAUUGGACAUUUUUGGCUUUUUUGGAUUAUUUUUUAAAUAAUAAUAGGUCAAUAUCACUUUUAUGAUAGGCAUUCUGUGUGAAUUAUGCCCAGAUUCAACAGUCGAAUAAUCUAAGAAUAAUUGGAAGAAUUAAAACAGUAGAAGAGAAAUUUCACCAAUAACGUAUAUCGUGUAUAUAGAAUGAUGAAUUCAUUAUGAACAAUACACAACACUCGAACAAGCUAGAGAGAGAAUUUCUAAUCUACGUGCUCUACCAGAAUAAUAUGCGGAAUAAAAUGUGUAGAAACUUCCCCUUUCUAACGUGAGAGCUCCAAGAAUGAUGCGUGAGGCAAUUUAGGAAUCGGGAACUCUCAAGCAUGCUUGGUCCAUACUGCCUUUAUUUAUAGGCAUACGGCCGAGCAUCCUAGUUAUAAUAGGAUGAACCUGAUUAAUCUAAUUUAGUGGCCCCUAAUUAAUUACAUACGCCCACUGAUUAAAUCCUAAUUAAACAAAGAUAAAUCUAAUUAAAUUGAACACAAUAAAAUAUAUCCUAACACAUUCCGGCAUAAGGGUUGCUGGAAACUUAAAAGAAUGAUCGUUUAGAGCCUUAGAAGUCUCAUUGAUGAGGCGUAGGCCGUUAUCUUUAAGUAUUUUUCUUUUACUUUUCCGAUACUUUUGAAAAUCGGAGUUAUUGUUUAUCGGUCUUCCUUUGACCAGUGGAGGACCUAGGGAGGGGCCUAGCGGGACAAGUGCCCCCGCUUUCGAUCAGGAAUUUCACUACUAGUACUUAGAGUAAAAUCAAUGCCCCCACUUGCGGUCAAGAAUUUCACUACUAUUAGUUCGGGUAUUAGAUAAUUAGUGCCCCCAAUCCGUACAAAAAAAUUAUCAAUAUUAGAUAAUUAAGAUACUAAAAUGUUAUGGUUAUAUAAAUUAAAAGUUAAUACACAAUAUUUAAAUUUGAGCUAAAUUAAAAUAAAAGAUCUCAAAAAAGGAGAAGAAAAUAGUUAAGGUUUUUUUCUUUUGAUAGAAAAUAGUUAAGGGUUGAAAACCCAAAAAGUUAAAAUGUAAACAGUAACCAAAUUAAUGUGCAGCCAUCUUAAAGUAAUCUAAAACAAGUAAAAGUUUAAAAAUGAAAUCCACUAAUAACUCACUAUUACUCUACAAGGCAAAAGGGGGAAAACUUCCAAAAUAUAAACCCUCACGGAAGUUUACUGUAACACCCCGGCCCCGUAGGCCCCGAGGUAGUUACUUCUGACCUCUAGUACUGUCCUCACAAACCACCACUAGCUUUUUCCGCGCACUUUGUCCUCACUGGUGCACGCCCUGAGAAAUUUCCCAGGGGGUCACCCAUCCUAAGACUAGUCCCGUGCAAGCACGCUUAACUUUGGAGUUCUUGGCUAAUGAGCUCCCUUAAAAGGAGAUGCACCUUGUUUGUAUGAGUAGUACUAUUAAUCCGUUUAAAUUAAAUCUCAGGUGUUACAAUCACCCCCAUUUAGGAACGCAACGUUCUCAUUGCGCCCGUAAACCAAUCUCAAUCAAAUCUCAGAAUCCUUCCGCCCGCUAAGUGUCUGCCCGAUAUCCAACGGAUCAGCACACUGUCGUAGUGUUGCUCUGAUACCAUUCGUAACACCCCGGCCCCGUAGGCCCUGAGGUAGUUACUUCUGACCUCUAGUACUGUCCUCACAAAUCGCCACUAGCCUUUUCCGCGCACUUUGUCCUCACUCGUGCACGCCCUGAGAAACUUCCCAAGGGGUCACCCAUCCCAAGACUACUCCCGUGCAAGCACGCUUAACUUUGGAGUUCUUGGCUAAUGAGUUCCCUUAAAAGGAGAUGCACCUUGUUUGUAUGAGUAGUACUAUUAAUCCAUUUAAAUUAAAUCUCAGGUGUUACAUUUACACUCUGGCCUCUUUCUGGGGCUUGGUGCUGCCUUGCUAAACUACCUCUGCAGCGCCGCACCGCCCAAUCACCCGUUCAUUUGUAUUUUGUAAGUUUCUUUAGAUGAUUAUCUUACAUAUUGCUUGAUGUGCUACAUCGAGAGAGAUGUUUUUAAAAGUAUUGAUAAUGAAACUAUUAUGCAACAUUUUCAGAAUAUGAAAACUCGUAGUAUUGAUUACCAAAGUUGCAGAAAUGAACUAUAUAAUAUGUAAUUAACUACUCCGUAUAAUUUAUGCGCGCUAUUGCCUUACUUUUUACCAUCUUUAUUACAUUUGAAAAUUUUAUUAUAGAGUAAGUUUAGUGUCUAGUGUGCUCCUGCUCUGACAAAUCUCUGGAUCCGCCAUUGCCUUUGACGAUUUGUAAUGGGGUUGGGCGCACAAUCCCAAUAACAUAAUCAAAACAUGAGGACUAUUUUGAUAAGAAAUGAAACACAAACCGAAAACGCGCUCAACAACAUAUAUCUUUUUUAUACUUUUCCUUUUCUUUCAUUACUUGGUUUUCCUUUUCCCAAGCAUUUUAAAGUAUCCAAACAUACCCUUAAGACAUUGCGUUUAUGAUUGAUCCCCUAUUCCCCUGCAUAAUCAGUAUUUAGUAGCAACUGUUGGUUAAGUUUUUUAUUUGGUGAGGUUUGCAGGACCAGGAUGCUCAUCCUUUGGAUUUGGAUCAUUUCUGCAACUUGGACCUUUCAAAGUUCACAGUGACGGAAAAACAUUGUACAUGAAUGACUAUUCUUGGAACAAAGUGGCAAAUGUACUGUUCCUGGAAUCUCCGGCUGGUGUGGGGUUUUCCUAUUCCAACACAACCUCUGACUAUAACACCACUGGCGACAAGAGAUCGGCAGAGGAUGCAUAUACCUUUCUAGUUAACUGGUUUGAGAGAUUCCCGCAGUACAAAAACCGGGAUUUAUACUUAACAGGAGUGAGCUAUGGUGGUCGUUUUGUGGCACAGCUUGCUUACACCAUUGUAGCCCAUAAUCAGAAUCCCAACCAGACAUUCAUUAACCUCAAAGACAUUGCUAUUGGCAAUCCUUCUCUGGACCGUCGUUUACUUUUGAAAGGGAACUUGGAGUAUCUAUGGACACAUGCAAUGAUUUCAGAUAAAACUCAUGCAGGAAUUAACAAGUACUGUGACUUUGACAAUGCAAACUAUUCUGCCAGUUGCGAAGCGUACAUCUCCAAAGGAAAAACUGAGGUUGGGCCUGUGCUUAGAGAUAACAUUUACUCUUCUGCCUGCAAACAAGAUGCACUGAAACCCCAAUCUCCUGUUUCAGGAUAUGAUGAAUGCUCAUGCAAUUAUGUUGAGGCUUUCGUUAACCGAAAGAACGUGCAAGAAGCAUUGCAUGCCAUCAAUACCAAUUGGACAAUUUGCAGCAAAUAUAUUGGUCGAGGGAAAUGGAAAGAUUCGCCCGAUACGGUGUUACCCGUACUCAAGCAGCUCAUUGCAAAUAAAGUAAACAUAUGGAUUCUGAGCGGGGACAUAGAUGGAAUUAUAUCAGUAACAACAACCAGGCUUGCAGUAAAUGCUAUGCAGCUUGCUGAGGUGACUGAUUGGCGUCCAUGGCUUUCUAACCAGGAGGUGGGAGGAUAUGUGGAAGGGUAUAAAGGGUUGACACUGGUCACAAUACGAGGAGCGGGGCACGAAUUUGCGAGCUACCAACCAGAACGAUCACUGACUGUAAUUUCAGCUUUUCUUCAAAACAAACUUCCCCCAGCUGUUUAAUUAGCUACAGCAAGUUUCUUAUUUCCAUUAAAAUAAUAAUACCACAUGUUGUAUGUGAAAUGCAAUAAUUGAAUAAACGCAUGUGUAUAGAGUUAUAGACUACUUGGCAUUGAUGUAGCAAAAAGGAAGAGGCACUAGUCAGUGAAAAUUGAAGUUUAUAAUUCUCAAAAUGAUA